AUGUCGCUGCACGAGCAAAACCGGCAACGAGUGGUGGAGCUUCUCAGGAGCCUCUACACCAGCCACAAUGUGGAGGGAGAACGUGAGAUAAUAAUGGCGUUGGCAAACUUGGUGCAGCAAGGCAAUGCGCAGGUGGUUUUGGACGACGUCAAGGAACAUCUAAAGCACGGGACUACGACAGAGCAGGAGCGUUCCGUGAUUAUCUUGGACCAGUUGCUUCUGAAUUGCAUGCCUCAAUUUGCCGGUAUGGUGUCAUCUGAAAAGUGGGCGGACAGUCUGGUGAAGGUUGCGAAGUCCACCACUUCUGAAAGAGUCACCUACAAGAUCAUUGAGACGGUUAUUUUAUGGCAAAAGAGGUACCGCACCGAUGGCUUUAAACGCUGCGCACAGCGCUUUGCCCAGAGCAAGCUUUUGGGGGAGACAUACAACCGGGCGUGGCAACGAAUUGCCGCGGAGGAGCGCUCCGUGGUAUCCGGCAAAGACAGCAGCAAGGACAGCAAAGAGCAAGAUAGCCUUACCAACAGGGACAAACUUCAAGCGCUGAAUAAAGCAGAGACAUUUUUGCUUGAGGCCCAAGGCGAUCUUGCCUCGCUGGAGUACGCCCUUGAGCACCCAAACAUUCUUCAUGCCGAGGAUAUCGCUAAAGAGUGCAGGGAUCACAAGUUCAAGUGCAUGCGCCUACUUGAGACAGGCCAGUAUGAGGGCUUUGCCCCGGAGCUAAUGCAGUUGAUGGAGCGGUUCUCGGAAGUAUUGGAACUCUUUGAGGCAAUGACUGGGUUUGACACGGGCGAAGGUGAGGCAGCGCGGCAGCGUGCACUCUCUGCGGACGAUGGAAACGGGGUCGCAAUGGACAGCGAUGAUGAGGAGCACGCGAAGCGGCUUCGUCAGCGUGCAGCCCCGCGACAGAAUGCUGAGCAAGUUAUGCUAAAAGCUCAAGAGGCCACACAACAGUUGGUCCAGCAGGAACGUUCUGUGGUGGCGGACCUGCACAAGCAGCUUGGGGAGCUGCGCCGCAAGAAUGCUGAAUUAAGUAAUAAAUACAAGGACGCAAAGGCCAAAAAUAAGGCAGCUGUGGCUACUUUGGAGAUGUAUGCUGAUCAAGUUGAGGAGCUCAAGGCAGGAGGCGCUGGCGUCCCCGCUGGGGGUCUGGGUGUGGCUGGGGCAGGUGCUAAAGUCGCGAAUGCCGCCCCUCCGAUCUCUGUAGAGGUGGCGAGACGAAUGCGUGAUAAUGUGCAGUUUAUACGCCAAUCCCUACAAGCAUUGCGGGAGCAGCAUGCCGCUGAUAUCCAAAAGGAGAGUGCAUAUUACGCGGCGCAGCUUACCAGUGCCAUUGCUUCUAUUGUUGCUGCCGCCAAACAAGAACGCCACGCGGACUAA